GAUGGCGGCUCUCCUUCGUUGGACUUAAUCGACGGGCGUGAAGUGCAAGUUACCCGCAAGUGCGUGUGCGUCGCUGUCAUUUCGAGGCACUUUGACAGCCGUGUCAGUCCGCGGACGCAGAUGAGCUAAAGGACGUGACCGCGACGGCAUGGAGAAGGUGCCGGAGCGGCCGGUCGCCGAGGAGCAGGCCGUGGCCAGCGACGAGGAGGAUGACUCAGAAAACGGUCUCGAUAACCACGAAUGGCAGGGAGUGCUCAGCAAGUGGACUAAUUACAUCCAUGGCUGGCAGGCUCGGUACGUUGUGCUCAAGGGCGGCACCCUCUCCUACUACAAGUCGAAGAAGGACAUGAAACUGGGCUGCAGAGGCUCCAUCAGUCUGUUCAAGGCAACAAUCAAGGCCCAUGAAUUUGACGAGUCUCGCUUUGAUGUAUCUGUCAACGACAGUGUCUGGUACUUGAGAGCUGCCACCCCUGAAGACAAAGUACAUUGGGUUGAUCUUCUGGAAACAUACAAGGCUGAAUCAGGAUAUGGUAGUGAAAAUAGCCUUAAACGACAUGGGAGUGCUGUAUCUCUUUCAUCCAAUACACUCUCGACUGCUUCAACCAAUAGUCUAAAAAAAGCCCGAGGCUUGAAAGAAAAAUUGUCAGAGCUUGAAACCUUUCGGGAUAUACUCUGUGGACAAAUUGAUACACUGCAAACAUAUUUUGAUGAAUGUGCACAGACUGCUAAUGGAAAUGAGCAAAGUUGUGCAAACUCAGGGACUGUCAUUCAGUCAAGAGCAGUAGAUUUCAAAGGUGAAGCAAUGACUUUCAAGGCCACCACCACAGGAGUUCUAACCACACUUGAACAUUGCCUGGAAAUGGUCCGACAAAGUGAGGACUUAUGGAAAAGGCGCUUAGAAAAGGAAGUGGAACGUCGUCGCCGUUUAGAAGAAAGCCUGAGAACUCUUCGUGUUCAUGGACCUCGUUCAGCUGUUCAUGCUGGGCCAGAUUGUGAGGCAAGACCUCAUAGUACUAUGAAUGAAGAUGAAUUUUAUGAUGCCAUGGAGACUGGUCUUGAUAAAAUGGAAGAAGAGGUAGAAUAUCGGCACCGUUUAAAGAAGCAACAUAGUGUAAUUGCUGCUUCUUCCACCACCAAUAACACCGUAGCUUCUGCUCAUCAUCUGUGGCCUGAGAUUGAUCGUGUUACAAUGGAGCAAAUGCAUUAUGCCAGAAUGAGUGUAGAAGACUCGGGCGGUGUUUGGCAACUGUUUGCUGAGGAGGGAGAAAUGAAAAUGUAUCGCCGUGAAGAGGAAGUUGGGGGGAUGGUCAUUGACCCAUUGAGGGCGUGUCAUGUCGUCAAGGGUGUCACUGGCCACGAGGUUUGUGAAUACUUCUUCAAUCCCCAAUACAGGCUGGAAUGGGAAGCUACUGUUGAAACAACAACAGUUUUAGAGAAAAUCGCUGAUGAUAUCCUUUUAUUUCUACAAGUUCAUAAACGUAUCUGGCCCGCAAGUCAGAGAGAUGCUGUCUUCUGGUCACAUAUGCGUCAUGUUCCUGAUGAUAAAGAUCAGGAUGGUCCACCUAUUUGGGUUGUUGUUAACAACUCUGUUGACAUUCCUGACUUGCCGGCCAAUACUGGAAAAUGUGUUAGACUGCUUUUGACAGUCUGUUUGAUGUGUCAGACUUUUAUUGACCCACCCAAAGAUGGAGCAAAAGUCACUCGCAAUGACUUGACUUGCAAGAUUACUUACUGCUCUGUUGUAAACCCUGGAGGCUGGGCCCCACCUGCUGUCCUCCGGGCUGUCUACAAAAGAGAAUAUCCCAAAUUCUUGAAACGCUUCACAAAUUAUGUAAUUGACCAGUGCCAAGAUAAACCAAUCCUUUUUUAGAUAUACCUCUACUCUCUAUGUACUACUGUAUUUAGAUCUAUGUGAGUUGUGAAUUUUAAGACUACAUUUUUUUUUUCAAAUUUUGUGAAGCUGUAAUGAGUAUUGCUUUCAUAAUGAUUUGUGAUUUAAUGCACGGUAAAUUUUCCACCAAUUUAAUUAUAAGUUGCAAAUGUACAUAAUUGAAAGAGACACGCACAUGCACUUAGUCAUGUCAUAUUCAUCAAGUUGUCAGUUGCCCUGAUGGCUUAAAUAUUGUUUAUCAAUCUUUAAACUUGCAUUGUGCCAUAAUUUAUGAUAUUUUAGUGUAUUAGUAUUUUUAAUACUCGUUUAGAUAUCUGUGGAAAGUACUACCUAUGUUAUGGUUUCAGCAAAAGCAUAUUGAAGCAAAAAUUUAUGAUUUACACUCCGAAGAGUGUUAAUAUCGAAUAUUAGCGACUAUUUGUGUCUCUUGAAACACCAAAUUUUUGCUACACAGCUUUUUAUGCUCACUGAAGACUUACUUAAAUCAGCUACCUCUUGAAACUUUAAAUCUUAACCAACAUUUUUUCCUUUCAAUUGGUAGAACUUGCACAAACUCUUACCUGUUGAUUCACUGCAGUUCUCAUAUUUUUUAGGUGUUUUAUUUUUCAACUCGCUUAAUUUUCUGCUAAGGUGGUCACUAUGGGUAACAGCAACAUCUGUGAUAAAACUCUUUUGUUGGUUAAUUAAAUGAAAAUUAUUUUACAUAAGAUUGCUUUCUUUUCUGUAACUCAUGUUAUACUCUUAAAUCGAUACAACGUUGUUUGUGAAAUCAAUCAUGUAAUCUUGUUAGACACAGUGAUUAUUCCAUGAUGGUCUUAUCAUUUUGGACUAUAGUUUUAGUAGUUUCAUUUUUUUUUAAGAAGAAGAAGAAACGGGAUCAAUAUUUUGAAAAUCCCUAUUUGAAACGUUGCCUUUACUUUUAUCAAUAAGCUUUUGGUUUAAAAUUCACUUCCCUGAAAUUCAAUGUUAAGGUGCUAUUUUCAUCCAUUCAUGACUGAAAAGUCUGAGCGGAAUCAUAGAGACUGCCCAUUGUUUGAUCCGUGUUGAAGUUAAUGUUCUUUCAUAGCUAUGGUUACUUGAAAAGUUUUUGAGAAUAUCCGAACUUAAUAGACAAAAAGUUAGCUGUUUUUAUAAGGAUUUUAGGUAAAGACGUUUUUGACUUUAAAAGAAAUCUUUUUAUAUAUCCUGGUUUUUAUUGGAACUAUAUAUGCUGUGCUUUUAAUUUACCAGCUGAAAGAUUAUUCUUCUGAUGUCUAAAUAUAGUUUCGAUAAUUUAAAUGUUCACUUUGAGCUUAUGCUUAAACUUCCCUCUUGUCACUGGUUCUGCUUUUGUUUUGUUCGCCAAGCUCUUCUCUGCAUUUAUGCACAGCCAUCCUACUCUGCAACCAUCUAAUCAUAUUUUUUUUUUUUUGAUCAGUUACUUUCUGAAGGAAAUCCAUAUCUAGCGGUAUACUUGUUUAGAGGAGGGAGAGUCAUGGUUAAAGGUCAAUUUGAGAAACUGGGUAAAUGGCUUCCUUAUCUUUUGCUUUUUAUUUUGUGUUUAUUGUGUGCAACAACUCACUGUUGAGUUUGUCUCUGUACUUCACAAUAAUGUAAGUUUUGGUGGAUUAUUGAUGUGAUGAGAAGUUUCAACACUAUUAUUUACUUCAUAUUAAGGAAUCUAUAUAUGGUUUUGGUUCCUAAAUAUUUUCUAAUAAUGUGUAACAUUCCGUAGGUUUUCUUGUGUUUUCUUUUUUACUGGUUAUAAACACAUCUAUUUCUUUUCAGUCUCAUCUUUCUGCAAGUCAAAUGAGCUACUUUUCAUUGAUAUGGAUGUGACUCUUUUCGGACUGUUCAUUACUUGUCUACCAACCACACUCUGCAUAUUACUGUGUGGUCAUCUGACUGUUUAAUCUAAAAGUUAUGUUUCUGUAUGAUACAUUUACCAAUAAUUCUGGCUUUAUGGAAAUCUUAAUGUGUUAGGACUUGAUCAGAACUGUGCUUCCUCUGUAGGUAGCGUGAUAAAACAGUUAUUGUGAAGAAUUAAAAGUGCUUUUAUGUAAAUGACUGUUGUUGCUGUGGUUAAUGUUAUAGGGUGAAAUAAUAAAAAAUCCCGUUUUACAGCAA